AUGUCUACGUACAACACAUACACCCAGCAGCCAAACUUCAUGCCCGGUAUGCCGAGCGCGCCUUCAGUCGUGACUGCUGCACCUGGACAGUCCCGACUCACUUACUUCAUCGCCCGCAACAAUGGUCUUCCGGUUCCACUCAUUCCAGCUGACGAGCUUCCAUUUAGUGUGAAGUUGCAAAAUGUCCCUCGCGUCCUUACUCCGGCGCAGGCCUAUGGUCUGCAUUAUUGCGGUAGUGCGCCAUACUCUGGCACUACUUUCCAGGUUGAGGUCGAUGCUGCCACCAGUACUUGUAUGCAGAGGUCUACCAGUCAACCACAGAACGAGCCAUCAUACAUUCGCAGCCAGGCCAACACCAACACCAAGCACUUCUUGGCUCCUGACGCCUUGGCACGACAGGCGCUCAACAACAGCACUGCAAUCAGCUCUGUUCCAAGUGUCGUCACUGUGCCAAAGCGUCCAGUCUCUGCCUCGGAGACUGCGAUGUCCUGGCGUCGCUCCGACCCGGUCAAGCCAGCACCGGCAAUCACUACUUCCACCGACGCUACACAAAGCGUCAUCGAUGCUAUCCUCCGCUCAGAGACAGGUGCGGAAGCUGCUGAGCGCAUCGGCUACUACCCAAAAGACAGCACUCCACCUCCGUCCGGUGUGAUCCCUGACCAGGAAAAGAAAGAGUACUGUACAUACUGGAUUCUGCACGGCGACUGCAUGUAUGUCCAGCAAGGCUGUCGCUACAAGCAUGAGAUGCCGAGCAAGGAGAAGCUACACCAGAUUGGCAUCCGCCACGUUCCACGCUGGUGGCAAGAACAAAACGCUGCGAUCAGGAUGGUAGGCGAGAAGGCAAUCGUCGGACCACUGAAGAAGCCAGAGGAGUGGUUGAACAUGAGGAAGGGUAGCGACACUUCUAGCGAGACUUCGACUGCUACUGCAGAGUCCAAGGCAGCAAGUGGCACCAGUGUGGAGGAGGAGUUGGCUACAAAGCAGGAGAAGCCUGCAGUUCCCAAGUCUAAGUCCAGAUCGACAUCGCCGGUCGUGCCACCGACUCGCCCAUCCUCGCCAAUGGACACAGGAAAGGAGCGCAAGCCAUCGUGCGAUGUCGAUCUCAUCGACUUCGCUCCUCUUCUACCAACGCCCUCCUCUGCUAAGGCCCCCACACCAAGUUCCACUCAAACUACCAAGCGGAGCGUCACUAUCAGCGAGCCAAGCAUCAUCAAGACCCCAGAGUUGGCCACUGCUCGUACAAUCAAGUCUCCAGAUAGUCCUCCAAAGACAACCAAAGUCUUCGUACCAGCCGGCGAAUCCCCAGAAGCUCACAUUGCUGACGCCAAGAAGCGCGAGCGCAUGGCGGCCGGCAAAGCAUCACGUACACCAUCACCAAGCAAGAACGUGAAGCCCGGCGAUGUCAAGAUCUUGGCAAAGCAGAGCUCGGAGGCCAAGGUCGAAGGUCUGGCUGCCUCCAAGUGGGCAUCAAAGGUCGACGAGGGUGCUACGGCGAAGGAGACUCCAAAGCGUGGCAAGUCUGGCUGCCGCAUUCGGCGUCCGGCAUCUUCAUCUCCUGCUGCUCGCAAGAAGACUGAGGCUAUCGGCGAGAAGAAGUGA